GGGGCCUAAACUGGGGUUAAGUACGCAAGCGCGGCAUAGCAACUUACACACAACUUUCACACUCAAAGCGGAGGAAUAACAAUGAAUAUGGCUGGACUCAGAAACGCUAUGGAGCAGCUCUGGGUGUUGGUGGCACAGGUCACCCGACAGGGAAGGGGUUCUGUAAGCGCACUCAGUGCAGCUCCUCAGCAGAGAAGUGUUGGGGACAAGACCACUGUGGGUGGUGGUAGCAGUGGUGGUGGUGGUAGCAGUGGUGGUGGCGGCGGCAGCGGCACCACCGUGGAGGAUCAAACCUUUGCUAUGAGGACUCUGGAGAAGAAAGCAAUGAAGCUGGAGGCGGAAGUGCAAAAUCUAACAGAACUUUACCAUAAGGCUGUAAGCGAUGCUGAAGUUACGAAGAAAAACACUCAGAAGUAUGUGAUUGAUGCCAAAAUGUUUGGCAUCCAGAGCUUCUGUCAGGAUCUGGUGGAGGUGGCUGAUAUCCUGGACAGAGCCGCUUUGCAAGUCUCCCAGGAGGGAGUUCAGGACACGCCUCAGACCUUGUCUAACCUCUUGUUUGAGGUUAAUGGGACACUGCAGAGCACAUUGUCUAAGCAUGGACUACGUAAAAUGACACCAGUGGGAGGCAACUAUGACCCUUAUGAACAUCACAUCGUUUGCCACGUUCCUGCUGAGGGAAGACCACUUGGCAGUAUAGCAAUUGUAAAACGGGAUGGGUACAAGCUGCAUGACCGUACCGUUCGUCACGCUCGUGUCGGUAUUGCAGUGGCGACAAAAAAGUGAUACAUGCUGACUGAAGAUCCCCCCCCCCCCCCCCCCCCUUCUAUGUUCUUCUGAAAAUACCCCUUAUUUAUUGUAUUUUAUUUUGAGUAUGGACUGUUAUUCUGUGCUAUCCCAGAGAAUGUAAAGGCUUUUCUCCUCGAGGAUCACCACCUUGGGUACUUAUCUUGUGGAGUGCCUUAUUGUUACCUUCUGAUGCUCCGCUAGUUAUUUCCUGGGAUUAUCUUGCUUUUUUAUUUA